AUGGCAAAAUUAUGUACUGAACACCUGGAAAACAAUUGUGAUGCUGUGGGUAGCGAGUUCAUGAACAACCCCGUCAAUUGGAACAAAGGCACUGGCUGGCAAUAUUGCGGAUUUAUGAACACCAAGUUAGAUUGUCUUAAGAAGAUUUACUGCGAAGGCGCGUCCGGUGGCGAGGGUAUUGUAGCAAAUAUAAAUCAGCUGGCUCGUGCACUUUCGUAUUACAAUGAAUGGGGGAUAUGCAGCAAUGACGUUGAUGAGACUCUAGGCCCGUGUCAUUUGGCGACCAUUCGGGAAAAAUGCGUCCAUGACACAGUCCUUCGCGUACGCUCAAAAUACUCGGUACUGUGCGUCGAGAAUGUGAGACUGUUGGAUUGCAUCUACGAGGCUCAGUUGAACCCCAUUUGCUCUUUUCAUGACAUAUUCGACCCCAGCAAUCUAGUUCCGUAUCAAAAACUGGCAGCCGGCACGUGUCGCUACGAACCCAUUUCACAGGAAUUGCAGAAUGCAGGUGAUAAGUGGCGUAAGGAGAAUCCAGAUGGAUACUGUAAUUGCAGAAGUGAGAAAGUGAAUUCCUGA